AUGGCGGCAAAUUGCGAAGUGUUCCCUACUCCUGCACACAGGGGCACCCAAACAGGAACUGUCGAGAUCCGGCACUGGGACUCUCAACCUGUCGGGGAAUCUUGUGGAAGCCCAACUCAUGAGGAAUAUCUCCCUGACAGUGCCUUCCAGGUCACAACUGGGCAUUACCUUGCGGCUCAUGCAGCCUCUGCCUGGGCCCACAUGUCUGAUCAGCGUACAUCCACCACGACGCAUAUUGCUCUUACCGGACACUGGGAUCGGCUGAAUUAA